AUGCCAUUUUUAGAGAACUUUGCUCUGCAUUUGGGUUACGGUUCGGUUUCCGCUGUUUUUGUCCUGGACACUCCAGAAUUCUUCAAAAAAAUCGAGGAACUGAAGGACUUGGGUUCUCCGGAAUUUUGGUCAUCCGAUUUGAAACCAGGUUACCGAUUGUUCUUGCCCCGUCAAGGUCGUCACCUCGGUGUCUUCGCUUUUCAUGGCUCCUUAUCUCUGGUCAGGCCAACUGUGGCUACCCAGGUGCUACCAGUGCUCAUGCCAUGGGGUGCAUUCAUUUAA